GGGUCGUUAUACUCGUCUAACAACUUCCGAUCUGGGCCGGUUUUGGUACACGCAAGCAGAAUAAACGAACAUGGCCGUUAACAGUGGUACGUCCUGUGUUCUGUCCUUUACCAUGGCGCUGACAUCGUUUGCCGCUAUGCAGAUGUUUAAACAACAGUUGGCAGGGUCAGAGUACAUGACGAUCGUAGGCGGACUUCUUGGGAGCACCGUUUUCUUCUUCAUUCUUAUUGGAGUUGGUAAUUUAGAAAGCACAUUAUUUGGCAGUAACUUUCAAACCAAACUUUUCCCUGAAGUGCUUUUCUGCCUGGCUGUGUCCAUGUUUGCCUCUGCCUUGGUUCAUCGAGUUUGUGUCACCACUUGCUUUCUCUUCUCUCUGGUGGCUCUGUACUACAUAAACAAGAUCUCUUUGAAUAAGUACACAGCACCUGUUUCUGCAACUCCAGUCAAAGCCUCACAAAGCAAAAAGAAGAAGUAGAUUCUGACAUUUAAUGUUCAGUGUUCACUGUCAUCACAUAUUGUUACAGUCAUCUAUAUUUAGAAAUAAAGUUUUUUUAAAUGUA